AUGCCAGCGGACCAUUUCCAAGUGAAGCUUUCGGGCAACUGGAAGGACUACAAAGGGAAUGAAGACAAGAUCUUGAAGCGCGCAUACCUUGCCGGUUUCCCUCAUGCCAAGUACAAGCUCCGAGGCCAGUCCUAUGAGGUUGACUUCAAGAGCAUGACCCAGAAGAACAUGCGCACGGGAAAAUCUCGUGACAUUCGUGCGCCCUACAAGUGGAAGCAGCCAGAGAAGCCCAUCGUGGAAGCCGGCCCAACAUUCUGCAUCAAA